AUGGAGAAAGGAAUGAAUGAGAAUCCAGAAUUAAAUGAAGAAAAAAGGCGUAAAAAGCAGCAGCAUAAACUUGACACUGCAGUCAUCAUUCAAUACCAAGAAAAAGGUUGUCCAAAUAUUGUUCAAAGCAGAUUCUUAAAAGAAAUUGCAAAAUUAGUUCAUAAAGAUAAUAACCCACGAUUGUUUAGUUUAAUGUCAUAUCCAAAACAAAGAGAUACUCUUGCAUGGAAUAAAGCUUUGAAUUUUUGUGUUGCAUUUCUUCGACGAUACAAAAUGGAAGAAACACUGAAGACAAUACGUGCAGAAGGAGGAAAUAUUCCUAAAGAAACCGGAUUUGCAAAAUCAUCUGAUCUGGAACGCUUUUAUAAACGUCUUAAAAUCACUACAAUUGCUAUUAGUGACAAGCAAUUUCCUCAAAGACUUAAAGAAUUUAAUGAAGAUGUAAGAAAAGCUGUAAUUUCAAACACAAAAAUUGAUACUACUAAAAAGCAGUCCCGCCCUGAUGAUGAUGAAAUGUGGGCAUAA